AUGCUGUUUUUGAUGAUUUUGCUGCCAAAGGUCGGCUCCUCUGAAGUGGCCGUUUGUCGGAGCUUCUGGUUCUCGAACCGCCCGUCUCAGGACUGCUCCUCGAUGGGUUUGCGGCAGUUGCCGCCGCUCAUGCCCAACGUUUUGUCGUUGGUUCUUUCUAACAACUCGUUGGUCCGUCUACCGAGUGUCCCGACCAACUACCGCCGUCUUCUCGUGCUGCAGCUUGACGAGUGCGCCAUAGAAAACAUCCAAGUCCAGGUACAGUGAUCAUUUGGUCUCUCUGUUCGUUACUCUUAUUGAAGAAACAUACACUUUUACCAUAAAAAGUAAAGUUGCGAAACAAUAAAACCAACAAUAUAUCUUAUUGAAUGUCUCAGUGGAGAAGAAUCUCUCCAUUAAUUUGCUUUAUUUUCAUAAAGGUUGAAUAAAAACUUUUCAGGCUUUUUCGACAUUUGAGCAACUGCAGGAACUGGAUUUGUCAAGAAAUAAACUAGGCAGUUUAGUCUUCCACAGGAACUUGCACACUCUACGAAUCCUUAACCUAGCCUACAAUUCUUUCGUGUAAGUUUUGUUCAAUUUUGCAUGGGUCUUACCUAAGAGAGUCUCUAAUUGAAUUCACUGCACCUCCUUGGUGUUGAAAAAUGAACAAAAAAUUUUCAUUUUACUUGGAAAAAUUAGGUGGGCACGGAAGUACUCGAAAGACAAAUCGCGUGUGUGAGGACACUUCAAAUUGUUUUUAGACCUGUUGGGAGUUUUUUAGUACACGAUUCGGAAGUUCCCACAUUCGUUCUAUCUCGGAGUUCGCUCAGGGAAAAAAAUCCGAUUAAAAAAAGUUUUUUUUUGAACUUGGAUAGAGAGGUUCUGUGUACAGGUUCCUGCCGGACCUGUCUCAACUGACGUCUCUACGACUUUUGGAUGUCUCCCACAACCGGCUGACGUCAGUCUCCCCACGGCUUCUGCCUCUAAACCUCGAAGUGCUGCGGCUUUCCGGCAACCGCUUCGAACACCUUUCUCCGUGGCCUUUCCUCACCAAACUCAAGGUUUUUUUUGUUGUUGUUUUUGCUCGGGACUAGCUGUUACUACUGAUCGAGUCAGCAUUCGAUCCCAUCGAAAGAAAAAGAAAACCACGAGGGAAUGAAGUAAAUCGGAAAUGGUUUUGAUAUUCUGAACAGAUUAACGUAGAAAUUUUCUCUUCUUACGAGCGAUUCUGACGGUUAAUGCAGGGCAUUCGUCCCAAAACACGUUCAUCAGACCUACUCAAUGAGCCGUGUCAUUGUGACCUCUCGAUUCCAUUAUUCCCUCGGGAUUAAUUUGGUUCCGACAAUCUCAUUGGAUUCAAUCUAUCAAACACAGUCUCAAUAUAAAUCUCUAAAAGGGUUGCUAUGAUGAAUGAAGAGGAAAUCAGUUUAGACCUGUUUCUGAAUUUGAAAAUUAUCAUUUUCUUUUUUCAAUUUUUUUCUCUAUAUUUUCUGUGAAAUCUUAUAGAUCACCUUUUAAAAUCAGAAAUGGUUUUUUUUUUGCUUCUAAAAUCCUUUUCGACUUUCAAAAAUUAACCGUUUGACGAGUUUAUUAGUGUAAAUGACCAGCGAUGGGAGGAAAAGGGGUGGCGGGCAUGAGAAUAUGGCCAAGAAAGGGAAGGAGCAGCUGUGACAUUCGAGCCGCGGUCCUUCAAGCCAUUCGAAUCACUAUUCUCUUUUUCCUGUGUGAAAAAGUGUGCAUACGAGGCGAAUGACAUGGGAAAUAUUGCACGGAAUAAUUUUAGAAGAGGGUUGAUCUAAUAUUUUCAGGAAUUGGAUGUCUCUUUCAAUACUCUGGAGUGCGACUGUUCGUUAUGGCAAUUCGUGAACUGGGCAGAAGGUCUCGCUCUUUUUGACAGGUUUUUUCUGAAUUCAUAGCUGUAAAAACUCUGAAGAUCGAUAUUUAAAUAUUUUGUUACAGCUCGGUUCUGCCUUGUCGAAGAUUAGGAGAACUUCGCAAAAGUCCCUUGGAUGGCAAGGUGAUUUUCACUAAAUUAAAAAGUAUUGUAUAAUGACGUGUAAAAUCAAUUUUUUUUAUUCGCUUUCAAUCCACCGUUUGUCCAGAACAUUCCAAAAAAGUUCUGCGUCUUUGAAAGAAACAACUCUCACGUAACUUUCACCGAAUUAACCAUAACCUGUACCAUCACUUUCACUGAAUGUCAACUGAUCCUUUCUUGUCGAUUUCAAACAUUGAGAUUAGAGCUAUUCAUCUUAUUUCCAUGAAAUCUCCAGACCAAUCACCCAAAUGAGAACGACUCGUCACGAAUUGAUGGGUCAGUCGCGAAAUGAGCCACGGCUCAUUCAUCAAAAGGGUUCCCAAGUCGCUUUAAUUCGGAAAAAUCUUUGUUAGUGGAGCUUAAUUUGAUUAAAGUAGGUAUUCUGGAAAUUCACAAAUCGUAGUUGAGUUAUAAUGUUGGAAAAUUUAUUUCUAUUAAAAUUUUUUUAGUCUGAAAUAAUUUGCGCCGUAUUUCAAGGAUUUUCUUAGUAACUUUUUGUAAUCCCCUAAAACUGUCCCUAAGGGAUUUUACUCUCGGGAAAUGAUUUUUGGAUCAUUAACCGCGUUAAAAUAAAAAGGGAUUUGCAGACGGUGUGUGGACCGACGGUGACGUCGACAAGCCAAACCUCGAGCGUCGUUUCUCUCGGCGAAGACCAUCGGAUGUGCUGCAUCAUCGCAGCCACGCCGUCACCCGAACUCUUCUGGCAGCUCGACGAACGCAACAUCUCCAGAGUUUACUUCAUUUCCAUUUUCCAAAGCGAUGAAAACCUAUAAAAAACGGAUCAAACGUUGAAAAAUUCUUAUGAUCAAAUAAUAUUAGGGAAUACUUGCUUUUCAAGGACCGUGGACCAAAUUUUUAAAUCUUUUUGAAGUUCAAAAACUUUUACAGUUCUUUGGUUUAAUUCAUUUUGCAAAAAUUUAGGGUUUCGAGAAAAUUUGGUAUUUAAAGGAACUUUAUUUUCAUAAUCAGACUAAUUUUUCCGAAAUUUCAGAGUCGUAAGGUAUAUAAGUUGAAAUAAAAGCCAUGUUCAAUCCUCUUCAAUAUGAGCAAAAAAUGAUUCCAUUGUAUAGGGCCUCUCGCAACGACACUUGGCAGAGUCUGGUAGAGUCGAGUAUUGCUUGGAGAUCCGAAAAGUCUCAAUGACGGACCUUGGCCGAUAUCGCUGCGUCGCCUUUUUAGCUGGUUUCUUUUCUGACGAAUGAAAUGAAAAAUAUAUGAACCUUUAGGUUUCAACGCCUCAAGAGAAUUUUCUUUGGAGCGAGACAAAAUUCCAAUAGUGCGAAAUUCGGCGGAGGGCUUGAUGAUCUACCUACAGUUCACCAUUUGUAUUUUCAUUGGGGUAAAGCUGGAACAUUUAUCGAGUGUGCAAACUUCCGAACGUUCAGGUUUGUUGCGUAGUAUCUUGCUGCGUUCUACGAAGCGGCAAUACUCGGAAGUUGCGACCACAGCGGGAAUACUUUGCCACGAAAGUAAUAACUCUUCAUUUGCCCAGACUUUAAACGCUUCGGUCGCACUUGAAAUGGCUCAGAGUGAUUACCUUGUAGCCGGCUCCGCAGCCGACGGAAGACUCAAACCUUGCUCAAACACUUUCAGUUCAUUUUCAGUGAUAACGGAAAGUUAGAGCUAUUCCAAGUGCGAAAAUAGGGUUUCCAGUCUGAGCAAAUGUACAUUUAUCCGAGUUCAAAAAAUAUAUGUUCAGAUAAUUGAAAUACCCCAGUCAUCUUGUGACUACUGCGACAACGACAUCGAAGAAGAUGCGGCCGCCACGGACGUCAACCGAAUCUUGCAGGACGACGACUGGCACGAGGCCGAGACAAUCGCCGUCCGUCGUUACCUCCAGUGGCGGCAGUCUCAACCGAAUUGUGAGCAACUUACUAGAGAAAAAAUUUGGAAAAAAAAGCCUUUUCCAGAUGAGGUGGGACCGCCUUUGGACCACGAGCACCUGUUUAGACUGUCGCGCGAAAUAUCUGAGGUGGUGUCAGACCAUGGAAACUUGAAAGACUCCUCGAAGACGAUGAAAGCGCCACUGGCCGCCUUCGACGGAGACUUCCAUUUCAUUCAAUUUGUACAUACAGCCGUGUAA